CUUAUAGCACUGGAUGGAAGACAAGCCAAGCAAGUCCUGCUGGAGAGGAGGCGGCAAUUCUUAAACCUGCUGAACCCUUCCAUGCGGCCAAAGUGUGGAUGCAGAGAGGCCACACCAUACUGGAAACCUACUACUGCUGGCCCAGUCCGCUACAGAGGCCUCACCUCCCCAGAUGUACAAUCAAGGGAUACAGGGCUGGAGAAACAGGACCUCCCCGUUGCCAUGGCGAACGGCAUAGUGUGGUGGCGUGUAAUCGAUUGCCAUGGUUCCCAGGGGAAGGCGGGAGUGACGACAUCAGCUGUUUUCAAUCACCGUCUGCCUAUUUAGUUUCAUCUCAUGCACCUGUUGGUCCCGAUCUUUUUACGUUGUUCCUACACAUUGCUCCACGCCAACUCAGCUCGCUUCCAGUCCUCCUGCUUGAGUUGUGCCUUCUCGUUUCCGAACUCUCAUGGCUGCCGUAGUAGUGACCCCAAGAUGCAGGAACCAGGAGAGCAACGGGCAGGUAAGUGUUCCCUGCUCGGAUGGUGUCGCCGGGCGGUGAGAAGGUCCGAGCGGCUGACGCAAUGCUGCCAGCGGGAGACCAACGUCACUCCAAUCAGCGCUCGACCACGCUGCGUGUUUCUGCACAAAAUGCUAGAGGGAUUCACGCCGCCGCUUGUGUGUGGGAUACUGCUGUGCGCCCUGUGCUUCCACCGAGCGUCUGAGCACGGAGCUGGGGCUAAAAAGCCCAACUUCAUUGUCAUACUUGCUGAUGAUAUAGGAUGGGGUGACUUGGACAUCAACCAGCCUGAAAAGGGGACAAACAACACACCCAAUCUCAACCUGAUGGCCCAGCAAGGACUGAGAUUGCUAGACUUCCACUCUCCGGCCUCGACCUGCUCGCCAUCCCGCGCUUCCAUCCUGACAGGCCGCUAUGGACUCAGGAACGGGGUCACUCACAAUUUUGCCGUUGGCUCCGUGGGCGGACUGCCUCUGUCUGAAGUCACGCUGCCGCAGCUGCUGCGGGAGGCGGGUUACUACACCGCUAUGAUCGGGAAAUGGCAUCUGGGCCACAAUGGACCAUAUGGUCCCACACAAAGAGGUUUUGACUAUUACCUGGGGGUCCCAUACAGCAACGACAUGGGUUGUACAGAUGUACCUGGUUAUAAUCUUCCUCAGUGUCCCCCCUGUGACUCGUCUGGAUCGCACAUUUUAAGAUCUGGCUGUUAUUCCAAAGUGGGUCUUCCUUUGAUUGAAAACCGCAGCAUCGUGGAGCAGCCCCUCAACUUAUGGACGCUUACUGAACAGUACCAGUCUGCUGCACUCAGGAUUAUGCACAACGUGAGAGAGCGAGGACAGCCCUACUUCCUGUACAUUGCACUAGCUCACAUGCAUGUACCCUUGGCACCACAAUCUGUUCCUCCUGAAACCAGCACAGGGCAUCCCCCACCUGACCGCCAAGUGUACGCCGCGAGCCUGAGAGAAAUGGAUGACCUUGUAGGGGCCAUCAAAAGUGCUUCACACGCUGGCGAUACGUUUAUCUGGUUCACUGGCGAUAAUGGCCCUUGGGAGCAGAAGUGCCAGUAUGCAGGAAGUCCCGGUCCAUUCAAAGGGACGUGGCAGACAAAAAGAGGUGGGGGUUCAGCUAAGAGGACCACGUGGGAAGGAGGCCACAGGGUCCCAACGGUGGCCUACUGGCCUGGUGUGAUCCCAGCAAACUCCACCAGCUCUGUCCUGCUUAGUGGUAUGGACAUCUUCCCAACUCUUUUAUCCCUGGCGGAGGUGACGCCCCCCUCAGAUAGGCGUUACGAUGGGAUUGAUGCCUCAAGAGUCCUCCUGCAUGGCGAACAGAUUGGUCACAAGGCCCUCUUCCACCCAAACAGUGGUGCUGCUGGGCGUUUUGGCGACUUGCAGGCAGUGCGGGCUGGGAAAUACAAAGCUUUCUACAUGACAGGCGCAGCUGAAGCAUGUGGCGGCGACAUGGGAACACGGGAGCUCCACAACCCACCAUUAAUAUUUGAUCUGGAGCAUGACGAGGGAGAGGCAACACCCUUAAAAGUCGACACGCGUGAACACCAGGAGGUAACCAAACGGGUCGCCGUCUGGAGGGAGGAGUUACUGUGGGACGUCGCCACCGACCAAUCGGUGUCUGCAGCCGACUACUCAAGCGAUGACGCGGCGGUACCUUGCUGCGACUUGGUACGACCUGUCUGCCGUUGCCCGACACAGGGCUGACGGUGGGAAGGGAAACAAAAUAAGUGCGGUUUGACAUGUGCUGUUUGUCAGGUACAAUGUCCAACGUACACGCAAACAGAAGGUCAGAGAGCGACAGUUGAUCAAUAAGACAAAGAGGAAAAUAUUUGUUUAGCAAUUUGAGCAAUCUCAUUAGUGACUCACACAAGAGUAUCAUACAUAAUACUUAUAAAAAAUAUUCAGGGCAACCUGGGAAUGAAUUCUGAAUCAACUUUUUUUCCCUCUUCUUUAUUGUCAGUAUGGUACAAUGUAGUGUAAGGUGUCCUAAGAGCGCCACCUUUUGGCAUAAUUAUGGUGUUACAUAUGUUAUAUACACAUUUUACACAUAGUAAAAAAAAAAAAUCUUUAAAAUAUAGCUAUGCACUGUCAGUUUGCGUUUAAUACUUUUACCCACGUAGUAAAAAUAAACAUGACUUAGCAUAUUCAGCAUCGUGUCGUGAAUAGUCUGAAAUUCAAGGACUUAUCGCUUCAUCAGAUUCCCAUUUAUCCACUGGCUCCUUCACUCGUCUCACAUCAUGAUAUCUAAGUUAAUACAAUUAGUAGCACAGCUGCAUCCUCAUACUUCAAACGUGUUGGAUUUAAAUGCUCUCCUGUGUGGAAUACUCAUUUUUUGAGGUGAUGGCGACUAAAACAUACACAGUUCUGUUAAUUUAAAUAGAAUUUUUUUAAAUGCCCGCACGGUAUAUUUGAACUGCACUCUUUGCAAGGAGCCUUCUGCGCAGAAAUAUAAAAAAAACAAGACAUCUUAGUUUGAGAUGAAUAACCACCACUGAGGAGGUUUUUCACCCACUCCCUUUGGUUUGUUUUCAUCAGGAUUACACAAAAAGCUCAUUUCCCCAACGAUUGUGCUGUAAUGUACAGAAUAGGCCUGCUAAUUAACUAGCAUUGGUCAAGAUAUGCGCUUUAGAAAAGUAUGUCUACUGUAUGACGUCAUAGACUUCAAGAAGCUACAACUAUGACGUUUACAUUUCAAGUAGGAGCUGUUUCACCGUUUAGUACUACUUCUUAUUUUGAA